AUGAAGAUCACAGCUGUAUCUGCCAUACUCUGCCUGGCAGCCUCUGCCAUGGCCGCCAGCAUCCCCCAACCCGCUGCCGACGCUGCCUCCACAGAAGCAUCCAUCGACAUGACAUCCAGCAACAUGGACAAGCGCGCCCACCCCAUCGACAAGAGGGAACAUUCCGAACACGGUGCUAAGGCCCACAAGGACACUCACAAGAAAUCCGCCACCGCUGACAAGAAAGAUGAACAGAACGAAAUCAAGGCAAAACACAACAAGGACGAGAAAGCCGAGGCUCCAGCCGCCGCAGCCCCAGGAGGAGCAGUCGCCCCUGACCCUCACGCUCUUGCCCCUAAAGAAUACGAGUCCCCCCUCUGGCUGGUCCAACCGUACGCAGAAUCCGUCUGGGCCCAAGCAACCACCUAUGUCAUCUCCUGGGGUCCCAACCCAGAUCCGGACUACGCCAAGAACAUCGAGCCCAAGAGCCCCGUCGAAAUCCGAUUGAUGCAAGGAGCCCCCGACAAACUGAAGCCGGUCGAGACACUGGUCAAGGGGACGGACUCUUCCAAAAACUCGUACCAGUGGCUCGUUCCCGCCACGUUGGCACCGGGGAAGGAUUACACGAUCCGAAUUACGCAAGACGGGAAGUUGGAUACGUAUUCGCAUUACUUUGAGGUGGUUCCUGCGGGGGAUAAGCGGGCGAGCAAGAGUAAUGUGGGUGUGCCGUUGGAGAUGCCCAGGAAGGGAGAUACUCCUAAACCGUUGAAUAAGGGACGCAUUAUUCAGCCUGCUCCUCCUCCAAACCCGUUCCCGGCCGAUAAGCCUGCUGUCACCCCUGUUGCUCACAACCCAAGUAUUCCUUCCAAGCCCGCCGCUGCCAAGCCGGUGGUGAAUGGGGCUGCGACGAGUUAUAGGCAGAAUGCUAAUAUCAUGGCCUUUGCCAUGACAUUAUUUGGCGCUGUCUACUUCCUCUAA